AUGUAUCGAAAGACGGGGCAGCACAGCCCCCAACCAACGGAGUGCAACCGUCCUGUAUGUCUGUCGAUUCUUCCGACGACCCCGAAGGGAAAGUCUAACCUCUCCUUGCUCCCGUCUGUUGGAAAAUUCACUCAGAGAGUAGAGAUGGAAGGAUUCAAGAGUUUACUCACUUGCCGUGGACUGGUUCUUUUAGAUCUUGGCUACAAUAAUUUCACCGGCGAGCUUCCAUCGAGCUUUAAGAGCCUUCAGGCACUGAAAGGGUUAUCGCUCUCGGGAACGAGCCUCAAUAAUCUGCCUUCAGCACUCGUGACCCUACAGCACUGCAACAACUUACACACACUAUUCCUCAGUGCAAGUUUUAAGGACGAAGUAAUGCCGGGGAAUAUUGAUCUUCAGUUUGAAAGCCUAAUGGCAUUAUUAAUCUCAAACAGCCACCUAAAAGGUUCGAUUAAAUCGUGGUUAAGUAGUGGCUUCCCAAACUUGCGGGUCCUGGAUCUGUCAGGGAACCGAUUGAGCGGAACAAUUCCUAGCUGGAUAGGUGAGUUUCCUCUCCUCCAUUACUUGGAUCUGUCAAAUAACUCAUUUACUGGGGUUGUGCCUCAAAGCUUAACAGAACUGCGGAGUCUAAGAGAUCUCACUUCUGCGGAUUUUUCGUCUUUUCUCACUAAACUGAGUGAAAGAUCCUUGACAGUGUACUCCCUUCAGGGAAUUUCAGUACCCACGUUGGAUUUGAGCAACAAUGAGCUCACAGGACCGAUUUGGCCUAGUUUCGGGAACCUGACUGAGCUGUCUAUCUUGAGGAUGAGAAACAAUAGCCUCUCGGGAUCUAUUCCCAGGUCUAUCUCGAGGCUGUCACGCUUGUGGGUACUGGAUUUGUCCUACAGCAAUUUAUCUGGCGAUAUACCCGAGUCUUUGAAAGAACUCCAUCUCUUGUCGAUAUUCAAUGUUUCUUAUAACAAACUAUCUGGAAAAGUUCCUCAGGGAGGCCAAUUAGAUACAUUCACAAGUUCAAGUUACUAA